AUGACAGGGGGAUCUGGAGGUAAAGGUGGAGGGAUGGAGAAUGCCAGUGAGCUCAAACCAACGCCUGUCAUCUACGGAGAGCUGUUGAACAUCUCCACCAACUACACCCAUGCCAAUUUCACGUCGAAAGAAGAGGAGAAGGACACUAGUGUGGCUUUCCAAGCGGGUCUAGCCGUGACCUUAGCCCUCAUAACUUUGGCCACCACGCUCUCAAACGCGUUCGUCAUCGCCACAAUUUACCAAUCCCGCAAAUUACACACGCCGGCAAACUUUCUGAUCGCAUCCCUGGCAGUCACGGACCUGCUGGUGUCCAUUUUGGUGAUGCCCAUCAGCGCGCUGUACACGGUCAGCCAAACCUGGACACUCGGGCAGGUGGUGUGUGACAUCUGGCUGUCCUCGGAUAUAACGUGUUGCACUGCGUCCAUACUCCACCUGUGCGUAAUUGCGCUGGACCGCUACUGGGCCAUCACGGACGCGGUGGAGUACUCCAAGAAGCGCACGAUGGGGCGCGCAGCCGGGAUGAUCGCCACCGCCUGGGUGAUCGCCAUCUCCAUCUCCCUGCCGCCUUUCUUCUGGCGCCAGGUGAAAGCAGAGGAGGUGACGAGCUGCAACGUGAACACCGACCACAUUUUCUACACCAUCUACUCCACCUUCGGCGCUUUCUACAUCCCCACGCUGCUGCUCAUCGCCCUGUACGGGAGGAUUUACGUGGAAGCCCGAAAGCGCAUCCUGAAGCAGUCCCACAACAAGCCGGGGAAGAGACUCACCUCGGCGCACCUGAUCACCAACUCCCCCGGCUCGGUGGCGUCCACAACCUCCCUCAACUACGGGACUAACGACACCUCUUCCUGUGACACUACCUCGUCCGCGAACGUGAACCAAGUCAAAGUCACUGUGUCCGACGCGCUGCUGGAGAAGAAGCGGAUCUCCGCCGCCAGAGAGAGGAAGGCGACCAAAACUUUGGGAAUAAUCCUGGGAGCCUACAUCAUAUGCUGGCUCCCGUUUUUCAUUUACACUCUUCUAGUGUCUGUCUGCGAGUCCUGCUUCCACCCGGAGUUAUUUGACAUUUUCACCUGGCUGGGUUACCUCAACUCUUUAAUCAACCCCAUUAUUUACACCAUGUCCAACGAGGACUUCAAGCAGGCUUUCCACAAACUAAUACGGUUUAGAUGCUGCAGGGCAUAAACGACGAUUACUAGCCAUAAUUACCACCCCUCCCACUCCCCUGCAAAUUCCAUCUCUAAUCACCUGUAUAAUGCUAGAAUCGAAUCAACCCCACCAUCACCCACUAAUAUUUCACUCCCCAGGUUUUCCCUGAGGACAGCAUAACAUCCAGAUUGUUUAUGAUAAUGUGGCUGCAGAAUGAGCUUAUACCUGAUAGAUGGUGCAGAGGACUGUGAAAAUGCAUUGACCUGCCAUCCAGUCUGCAUUGUAUUAUCUGAUGGCGCUGCGUAAUGAAUGGCUGCCGUUUCUCAACCAUUGGAAUUUCUAAAAGAAAAUAGCCAGCUGCUGUUGGCUCAAAGGAGAAAUGUCAGUGGGUGUUAUGAUAUAGAAGCUCUGUGACUGGUUUGCAGAUGAUAGUGUUGUUUUAAUGACUUGGAGAAAGCCCAUAGCCCCAGAUGCAGGGGCCCCGCCUGUACGUGCUGCACUGGACUGUAGCCUACAGACUCACUUUGCCAUAUGAGUUUGACAGUCAACGUCAGUUGGCUUGUAAGCACAAAACAGCUUAGGACUAAGCUACCAUGAGCCCCAAGGGCAAAAAAUAAGAUUUGUGUUUCAUUUUCCUGACUCAAUAAGGGGAAAUACUGGUGCCUACAACAAGUUUAGUUUAGUUCUUCAGACGUGCCUGGCCCAGAUGGAAAGAAAAGCAUGAUUUCAGUUUGAGGAAAAAGACACAGGUUUGGUUUAUUCUUGUGGCCAGUGUAUGUUGUUUGCUUUUCUUUUCUCGCUGUGACUGGUGUUCACUUUAAACAAGGCUUCAAAUUGAGUGUAAAUGUAUGAAUCUGUAUGCAUCAGUGUGAUUUUUACAUUAAUUUGCUAAACAGUCUGGGUUUUGCCAAGUUGAAUGGGUAUCAUACUGUAAAAUAGUGCAAAAAGACGGACUCUGAGGGAAUGAAGAGCCAGUAUUGUGAAACCAAUUCUAUCUACCAGACCUCUUGUUAAAGAUGCAUUCUUAAUUGUUGAUAUUAGCUUUGAUGUUCCAUUUCAUAUCAGGCUAAACAAAUCCAACUCCAAAUCUAGUCGAACAGGGUUGAUGAUGCAGGGUUCAGUCAUCUCCUGGAAUUUGGCAUUUGUGUCUUCCACACCUAGAAAAAUUGUGGAAGAAGGUUUUUUUAAAACGCUGGAAAAUGUCAUGGUAUUCUGAUCAAAAUCACCCUUUUUCCUCCCACCAGACCGUCACAUGCUAAAUGUCAAGCUUUAGCUGCUGCUGAUCCCUUAAAGGAAAAUCUUUGGGGAAAAAAAAAAAAUAAAAUAAAAAUCUGUUUGCUUGCAGGUUUUCAGAGAAAAAGCAAAAACUGUUACAACAACAAAGUACUGGUGAUGGAAAUCAGGCUGUACAUGUCCAGGGCUGUAGCUAUCCCCGAGGACACUGAAGCCACUUCUUGAAAUUUUGGGGUUUUGACAACCUGAGAAGUUUAAAUUACACACGGUGAGUUUUUAAAGGCCAAUUCUGCAAUUUCUUAGCAACAAAAUUCUUACAUUUUAGCAUUUCUGUUGCUGAAAACUAAAUUAAACUGGAGGUGGUUUCAGUAGUAGGGGGUGGGUAUGGGGGUUGUGAUAGGGAAUUGCCCUCCAAGCUACGGCCCUGUUCUGUACAUGUGGUGCAAUAAUUUAGGAAAUCUCAGAAUGUAAUCUUAAAUACGUGUAGGAACCCUGUCCUAUAAUUUGAAGGAAAAAUUAUGCGAAAUAGGUUAAUUUGCCUUGUUGCUUCGAGUUAGAUGCAACAUUUGAUAUCACUCUCAUGUGCUAAAAAAGUACUCCACUGAUUCAUCAUUGCACUUAUGUAACACUGUCGACUGACUGAUGAUGGACGAUGGACAGUUUUUUUAAAGGACCAAAAUUAGUGCAGCAGAGAUAUUGUCUUUUUUUAUUACAUUGUCUUCUUCCUUGUCAAAACCUGGUGCCUGCAUUACCCACAAUGCAAACUGACCACUGACAGUUCUGUCAGAGAUUCUGGUGUGUUAUGUGAGUAACGGCUAAUCUAUCCUGGAGCAUCUAGCCUGCAGCUCAGAUGAGCAGCGAGCUACAGAGGCCUGGCCGAAUCAGUUCUUUCUGUUUCCACACCUCCAGUUUUAUUACUUGUAGUCUUCAGAUCUCACAGAUGCUGAUUAAAGUGAUACCACUUUAGGACAUUACACAGCACCCUCUGGAGACACUGAAGGCUUUACACUACUUGUAAAACAUAUUCAGUCAUUCUCCCCAGUAUCUUGAAACACAUGCUGAUGUUCCCCUUUAAGUAUGGAGCUAGAGCUAAAGAUGGUUAUCCCAGCUUAGCAUAAAGACUGGAAACAAGGGCGAACACCUAGUCUGGCUUUCUCUGAAAUGCACCCACCAACACUUUUAAAGCUCAGUAACACAUAUCACAAUUAUGACCGGCCAAAAAUUGUUGUUUUUACAUUUCAGUUUUAACCCAUUGACCAGUAACUAACCAGUUAAUUUUGAAGAAAAAAAAAGAGGUGAAAUACAAGAGACCUGUCCUUUUAAUCCUGUGCUUCAUUAUCUGUAUUUCAGAGAGCUAUCUAUAUAGAGGUGGCCAAAUGUUAAUGUUUGUGAUGUACCUGUCUUGCCUUUUACUUUCUCUUGGCUUUGCAGCCGGCUAGCUAUGUUGAACAUGUGGAAAUCUUUGCAUGAAACCUCAGCCUCUGGUCUCCACUGGUUUCGAGGCCCCUCAACACUGCGAAUGGGAGCUAAGGUUAACUAGCUAACAACAUCACUCAUUUGGCAAUACAGGUGGUAAUGCUGUCCCCAUGGUGGAACACGCUGCUGUGGAAACAUUGUGCCUGCCCUCUGGUCUUCGCCCAGGUCGCCUUGGUGAGUAAGCAGUUUAAUUUUGAGCUGCAAAACUCUUUUAGCAUCGUUAACUAUGUUAGCACCACUAGCCAUGCUGACACUGCUAACGGUAGUAACAGAGCUAACAUUGAUAGUUAACAAUACUAAAGGGUGUUUGUGGCUUAAAAUUGAGGCACUUACUCAAUAAGGCGAGCUGAGUGGAAGACCAGAGGGUGGGCACAACAUUUCCACUGCCAAAAGUGGCAACAGGUUAUGAUUUGUAUAUUUAUUUCAUAAAUUAUUUGACAUACAUUAAUAGCCUUGCAACUGAAUGGGGACUGGACUGUUUCCAAGCAACCCAUGAACCACUCCUGCACACUAGCUUACUACUUUGUGAAAGCUAGGUCUACACAUUGCCACAAACAAUAGUUUCUGUUUAUUUUGUGACCAGUGAAAUAAGAGUCUGUUGACAGCCGCUUUGGUGGCAUACGUGUGAUGCUAGUGAGUUGACAGCUUAAUCAGCGUGUUGCGUCGUCUUCUCAUGUCAUAUGAGUACAUGAGAGAAGUAUUAAUGCUUUUUUCCAUCCCUUCGUCCUUUUUGUAAUGACCAUUCAUUAUUUAACUCUCUUAUUUGUGGAAAUAUAUUUGUUUGUUACGACGACCAUUUUGGGCUAAUUGAUGGUUGACAUAAUUAACGUCUCAGAACACCUGUGAAGCAGAGUGAUAUAAGCAUGGUAAAAAGUCUCAGUGCUGUUAUACUGUAUACCAGCACUCACUGAAUGCCUCCUGUCCAAUCAAAUUGCUUGGUUGGAGCUAACUGUUGUAUAAUUCAUUUUAAACAUAACGCCAUGAGAGUGGUAUAAAUCGGUUCAUCUAAUUCUUAGCAAGAAAGCAAAAAAGCUUAUUUACCAAUAUAUAUAUAUUUAAAAAAAUAAAAUUAAACAUGCAUUUGUUAUCAAAAUUAAAGAGGAAAAAGUAACUGACCCUGAAGAACUCAAAAAGCUUGCGACUAAACAGCUGCAGGGAGUUUGUUACACCAGUAGAAGCCAAAAGAGUGCGUAAAAAAUAAAAUAAAAAUAAAAAACAGAAAGUCCUGCUCUAUGACUGUAAUUUCCCCUCACAACAUCGAAGAUGGCUGCCAGAGAACCAUGACCACACAGGCUCCCCAUCUUGUCAUAUAGGCCUAAUUCAGUGACCUCUCAGCAGCCAUGUUAGAUGUUUGAGCCAAAUUGCAGUGUGGACGUACUGUAGCCAUCCUGCUCUACUGCAGCUCUGUGAUGAAUAGCCUCUUUGUGUACAGUAUUGAUCAGCUCAGUGUGAAACUCAUCUGGUGGCUCUGUCAAUCCAAUGGAAGUUGCAUUUCAUCCAGGUUAGCUUCUGCUGUACAACGCUUCUGCACACAUUGGCGAUGCACUGUAACUGCUCUGCUCUGGAGGAUGAAAUCCAACCCACUUGGAGCACAAAAAAGCACUGCUGCUGUUGUGAAAACUGAAAAAAAAAUCAAUAAAAAAGGUC